UUGAAAGUUAUUUAACUCCAUCAGUUCAGUAUAAAGGAGGAGACUCAAUGAGCAAGUCUAAUACCAAUCCAAAAAAUUUAGGAAUAGAGUCCUCAAAAGAAUUUAGCAUUGAUGAUGAUAGUAGAGACCCUUUUGCAGAACCAGAAACAGCAGAAAAUAUUUUCAGCAAAACAUACAGAAAUACUGGCAGUUUUGCAUUCAAUGGAAAGGGCAGAUUUUCACGAGUCGGAAGAGAUCCAAGUGAAGAGCAGAAGAAUAUAAAAGAAAGGAACAGCUACAGAUCAGGUUCCCCUGAUAGAUUCGAAGAUAGAUAUCCUUCUUUAGAACUUCAGAAAAAUAUUGGAUUAAGAAACCCUAAAAAUGACUGUUUCAUGAACGCAUCUUUGCAGGUGAUGUUCUCAAUCCCUGAAUUAAUGAAGUUCUUUGCAACUAAGGAAUAUAAAAAUGUAUAUUCCUUUGAGGAAUGUAAUAAAAAGAAAGCAUACAGUUCCAAAGAAAUGAUACUUCCUGGCUAUAAAUAUUGAAACGCAAUGUCGAAACUUUGCCUUGAUGUAUGAUCAAGCUUUAAAAAGGAGCUAGAAGCAACAGAGCUUAGAAAAUUAUUCAAGAAAUCUUUCUCAAAAUCCCACCAGCACGAUGCCAAUGACUUUAUUUUAUCAUUGUUUAGUAAAUUGCAGGAUGAACAAACUUUGAAGAAGAGACCAGUUUCUGAUAAGUUUGCGAAUGAACAAGAAGCCUGGGAGCAUUAUGUAAAACACAACCCUUCAAUAAUAGACCAACUCUUCUUUGGAAUGAUCCAGAGAAGUAGCAGAUGAGGGAGCUGAAAGAAGGUUGCUCAUAGGUACGAAUCUUUCAACCAGAUCGAAUUAGAAUGUGAAAGUUCCUCCCUUGAAAUGGCAUAUCAAGGCUUUCUUAGUGAUGAGAUUAUGAAAAAGAAUCAAUCUUAUCGUUGAGAUGAGUGCCAUAAAGUAGUUAAAUGAAGAAUCAUGAAGGAAAUCGUUAAAAUGCCAAGAUAUCUAUUCUUCCUAUUCAAAAGGUUCAACUCUAAUAUGUCUAAAAUCACGAAGAUGAUUAAAUACCGAACCAAGAUUCUUCUGGAAGACAAAAUAGAUGGUGGGCCUUUAGAGUAUCAUCUUCAGGGUAUUAUCCUUCAUUCCGAAAGUAGGAGAGGAGGUCAUUAUAUUUCCUAUGCAAAGAAGGGUGAUAACUGGAUUAGGUUUAAUGAUGCCUCUUAUAAACCAAUAAAAUCCAAGCAUAUCAUUGAUAAAGAUGCAUAUAUUUUACUGUAUAAAAGAGCUUAA